AUGGACGAAGAGUACGAUGUCAUUGUUCUAGGAACAGGUCUAACAGAAUGUAUCCUCUCAGGAAUACUUUCGAUUGAGGGAAAAAAGGUUUUGCACAUUGACCGUCAAGACUAUUACGGCGGUGAAAGUGCGUCAUUAAACUUGACACAAUUGUACAAGAAAUUCAAGCCAAAGAAGGAAUAUGAAGACCAGUUCGGCAAAGACAGAGACUGGUGUGUGGACUUGAUUCCUAAAUUUUUGAUGUCGAAUGGAGAGUUGACAAACAUAUUGGUCCAUACCGACGUUACAAGAUAUAUGGAGUUCAAGCAGAUCUCAGGCUCCUUUGUCUACAGAAGUGGCAAAAUCGCAAAAGUUCCCUCCACUCAAAUGGAGGCAAUCUCCUCUCCGUUAAUGGGGUUCUUCGAGAAGAGAAGAAUGAAAAACUUUUUGGAAUUUAUCGCCAACUACAAAGAAGAUGAGCCUUCCACUCAUCAUGGUUUUAACUUGGAUAAAAACACGAUGGACGAAAUCUACUACAAAUACGGCUUGGAGAGAGGUACUAAAGAUUUUAUUGGUCACGCAAUGGCCCUACAUCCCAACGAUGACUACUUGUCUCAGCCAGCAAGAGACACAUAUGACAGAAUUAUGUUAUACGUUACCUCAGUGGCAAGAUACGGGAAGUCGCCAUAUAUCUAUCCAUUAUACGGUCUUGGUGAAUUGCCCCAAGGUUUUGCUAGACUCUCCGCUAUUUAUGGUGGUACCUUCAUGUUGGAUACUCCCAUAGACGAAGUCAUAACCGACGAUGACGGAAAAUUCAAAGGAGUUAAGACCAAAGAGGGUACAGCCAAAGCCCCAAUUGUCAUCUCCGACCCAACCUAUUUCCCCGAAAAGGUCAGAUCCACUGGUCAAAAAAUUAUAAGAGCAAUGUGCAUCUUGGACCAUCCAAUCCCAAAUACAAACGAUGCCGACUCUGCCCAGAUCAUCAUUCCUCAGAACCAAGUCAACCGGAAGAACGAUAUAUACAUAGCUGUCUUGUCUAGUGCCCAUAAUGUCUGUUCUAAAGGUCAUUACUUAGCAAUUAUCUCUACAAUCAUUGAAACCGAUAAGCCACACUUGGAAUUAGAAGCUGCUUUCAAAAUUAUUGGCCAAACAAAAGAUGUUUUGAUGGGUAUUGCAGAAGUCUAUGAGCCAUUGGAAGACGGUAAGAAAGAUAAUUUUUUCAUUUCGAAAUCAUAUGAUCCAUCAUCUCAUUUUGAGACCACAACAGAUGAUGUCAAGGAUAUUUAUAAACGGAUCACAGGACAUGAUUUGGUUUUGAAACAAAGAAAGACUGCUGAUGAGGAAGCAGAACUUGCUGGUCUAGAUUGA